UUACUGUCACCGUGAAGCGGAGCUUGUUGCUAGGAAGUAGUGAGACGCGAUGAAAAGGCAAAGCAAACUGCAGCUAUCAGCUUUGCAGCGUCAGUAGCACUUAGCGGUUUUAUCACAAUAAUAUUGCAACCCUUUCACCGGAAAAAAAGGCAUAUAAAACAGCAAAUAUGAUUUGUCAAGCAUGAGGAUGUCCGCUAGCGAGAGCCGCGACAGCUAGCCUCGUUAAGGAGCUAACUUUGUCAGUGUCCAUCCACGUCUGACACAAAGAAGUCUUUUAUUAAUCUAUUACCUUGGUUUAAAACUGACAUAUCCGUCCAUAGAAGAACUACCCAGAAAUUUGCUUAGCAAGAAUGGCUAGCACCGUGCUGGGCGUCGGUACCGGCGUCUUCCUCGUCAGUCUUGUCUGGAUUUUGGCUCUCCUGUUGGGGAUGAUGCUCUUGAGAGCAUCUGGGUCGGCAAAGCUAGGUGUGGUUCCAGUAUUGCUCCUGGCCCUGAUCGUCACUCUGGCACUGGUGUUUUUCCCUCGCAGCUCAGAGACCACAUCCCCUUUCAAAGAGAUAGAGAUAGUGGACAGAUUCUUCAUUGGCCGUUACGUGCUGCUGUCAGUGGUGAGUGCAGUCUUUCUGGUGGCACUUUUCAUGCUGGUACCCCAUCAUUUCCUGGAGCCGGUUUAUGCCAAGCCCUUAAGAAAACACUAGAGCUGCCAGGGUCAAAGUUGGCACCGGGUUCGCAUUGCUGAUGUACACAACUUGAGGCGAGCAGGGCCAACAAGAACCACCCCCCCGUCUUCAUCUGAAAGUGGACUGCCGAAUGCAUCCCAAACAAAACAGUAGGAGCGCCAAUGUUUUCUCCAUGGCCAACUGUUUGUUCGUUGUUGGGGCGGGUUAUGUGCAGCCAAAUGAAAGGACUGAUCCAACACUGGCCAGUUUGUUUUACAAAAUGUUAUAUUUUUGUAAUUUUUCACAGGAAAUUUGAGUUGAUCUGUUUUAAGAGCAUCAGAGAUAUUUUAAUCGACUCACACAAAAUUACAUUAAAACACCUACCGUCUAACCUGUUUAUAUAUCAUAGAUCCUGACACUGUGCUCUGAAUGGUCAAACAUUUACCUUGUUCAUGUAUAGCUUUUAAAUAAUAGAUGUUUUAAAUUUUGUAGUUUGAGCCCAUUAUAAGUUCACUCCUGAAACCCUAUGAAACUAUUUAAACAUCAUAGACAGUUUCCAGUUGAACUCAGUGACCCAGUGUACUUACUGAAGGUUCCUCAUUAAUUCCAGAUACAUCUUGCGUGUCCCAUUUACAGCUAUUUGAAACAGAUAAACUCCACUGAGUUGAUCACUGAUCAUUAUUAAACACUUAUGGUUUUGUCAGAAUGACUGCAAUGCAGAUGUGUUCUUGAGGCUCUAUAUUUUCUCAAAGUAUUUUAGAUAUGAAAAAAUCUAGAAUAAUUCCUGUAAUUUCAUGUUGAAAACUAGAUGAAACUGUGAUGCAUUGUUUGGUUUUCUGAUAAUUGGUGUGCAAACAUAAGCAAAAUUUCACUCUUGCAAAUGCCAAAUAAAUGAGUCAAAAGGGCCACAGUAAUGAUCCAUGUUUUUGUUUUGGUAUUUUCAUUUUUUUUUAUUAUUAUAAUUAUUAUUAUCUGUUUUUUGUGUUCUAUAAAUUAGUUGACUUGUUUAGCCUCUAAUGUAAUAUCAUUCUUUGAGAGAUUAAAGAGAUUUUCCAAGUA